AUGUCUACCAACCCUGACACCAAGGAAAUCAACGGUACCAACGGUACCUCCGGUACUGACCAUGCCGCUCUUCCGCCUAAGCAGCGAGUGCCCUACGACUAUGGUGGCAACCCGCUGGCGCACAUCGCGACUAACGAUCCGUCAAUGCGCCUUCCAGCUUUCGGCGGCGAGUUCCAGCCUGGUCUCUACCGUGCCCCCAAGAAGGACUUCGCCAACCCUGCUCCUUUGGGCCUGUCGGCUUUCGCUCUCACCACUUUCGUCUUGUCUCUGAUCAACAUGGGCACCCGUAGCAUCGGCCACCCCAACAUCGUCGUCGCCCUCGCCUACGGUUACGGUGGUCUUGUCCAGCUGCUCGCUGGUAUGUGGGAGAUGGCUGUCGGCAACACCUUUGGUGCUACCGCCCUCUCCUCGUACGGCGGUUUCUGGAUUUCGUUUGCCAUCAUCCUGACCCCUGGCGGCUUCAACAUUGUCUCAACCCUCGAAGCGCCUCUGGAGGGCUCCACCGAGCCCAACACUGCGGCGUUCCUCAACUCCUUUGGUCUUUACCUGAUGGGCUGGUUCAUCUUCACCUUCAUCCUGCUCAUCUGCACUCUGCGCUCGACAGUGGCUUUCUUCUUCCUCUUCUGCACUCUCGACUUUGCCUUCCUCAUGCUUGGUAUCGGUUACCUGAAGCACGACGGCAGCGAGCCCCACCCCGGGCUCAUCAAGGCCGGUGGUGCGUUUGGUAUUCUGGCUGCCUUCGCCGCCUGGUACAAUGCCCUUGCCGGUAUUGCCGACUCGAGCAACAGAAGCUUCUUCGUCAUUCCCGUUGCCCACUUCCCCUGGUCCGACAAAGGCCGCGAGAGGCGCGGCAAGGUCGACAACAGCGCUGCGCGUGCCGAGCAGGCUGUUUAG